UUGGAGAAAUGUCUAUUCAGAUCCUUUGACCAUUUCUUAGUUGGGUUAUUUGUCUUUUUAUUAUUGAAUUGCAAGAGUUCUUUAUAUAGCUGGCCCGAAGAAUUCUGAAACUUGAAAACGCUCUGUCACAGCCGCCCCAGGAUUAUGGGUAGAGGGACCCCGAGUCAGAAUCUAACUUUAAGGCUUAAGGCCCACCAGGUGGCACUGUUUAGAAAGAGAAAGGUAUUGAGGCAGCUCUGGGAAGGCACAUCCUCUGUUCCUGGUGCACCGUGGUGGUUGCAGUUCUGAGGCUUUGAGUCUUUCCAAAGCAAAGGCCAGCCCGGAAAUUGAGGCUGGUAGAAGGAUCACUCACUGGUCUGUGAAGCCUGGGACAGGAGGAGGAGUGUCCAGGGAAGUGACACAGAAAAUCGCCUGUUUCUUUAUACGUAUUGAAGCAGCCUCGCAGGAGAAAGGGAGCCAGUGGACAUUGAUUUCCAGUUCAGCACUCUUCACAGGAGCAGCUUGUUAAUGUUCCCGCUUAUAUAGCCUGGUUUCUUGUGGCAGCUUUUAAAAUUCAAUGCUUUUUCACAUACCCAUUUCUUUGUAUCUACAUAGUCCUUAAAAUUGUCACUUAAAAGGCACCAAGUGUGGUUUUGCUACAGAAACAGACGUUCUGUAAAGGGCGUGAUUCGUACUCAAAAUAGACCUGUUCUGUGUGAUCCUGCCUGUAAGGAUGGGGUUUCCAUUGCUGGUAGCUCACCCUGUGUCACUGAGAAUGUGGGUGCUUCACAGGCUCCUAAUCUCACGACUUGUCUAUGAGACCCAAGGCCUUGGAGGGUCCAGGGAGAAAACCUCCAUCUUUUGACAUUGUUGGGGAGCAUGGAUCCCGCCAAGUGAAUUUUCCAGAUCCUGGUCUCGUUGCCUGUGUGAACCCCCUACUUGGCUCCCCCACCCUCCUCGCUGGGACCUGCCGGCCUCCUCCCCAGAUGUGGGCCUCUGCAGCCAUCGUGGGCACACAGACACACACAGACACACACAGACACACACACACACACACACACACACACACACACACACACACACAGACACACACACACACACACACACACACACACACACACUCUGAAAGCCAUCAACACGGUUGGGCCUGCCCUGCUCUUCUGCAGCUCUCAGGUGCCAUCUGGCCGCUUGGAGGUCUUCCUUUGGCCCAGAAGAGAUGAGUCUUCUUGGGUUUAGUGUCCGUCUACCCACGAGACAGUACGUGCCUCGAGGGCAGGGUAGCUUUGAGUCCUGCCCUGGAAGGGGGUUAGUCGUCACCAAGUUUGCUCCAGGACUGGAGUUUGCCCUCCCGUCAGCGCAGCCCUGAACCCGCCUGGCCGGCCUCUCUGAUCAGCACAGAGGUGGAAUUGGCCAGGACAGAGGAGGGGGGCAGAGCAGAAAGGAAGAGGUUCUAUCGGAAUGUCAGCAUCACACAGGGUGAAGCUGGCUUUGAGAUCAAUCUGGACCACAGGAAGCUGAGGACUCCCCAAGCCAAGCUCUUCACCGUCCCCAGCGAGGCCCUGGCCGUCGCUGUGGCCACUGAGUGGGACUCUCAGCAGGACACCAUCAAGACGUACACCAUGCACCUGACCACACUGUGCAACACGUCUCUAGACAACCCGACCCAGCGAGACAAGGACCAGCUCAUCUGGGCAGCCGCAAAGUUCCUGGACACUGACACCGUCUGGUCGCCUGCUCCUCACUUGUCCGCUGGGUCACGGAUGGCCCGACCUUGGCAUCCAGCGGCCGGCCUCCUCGUCUGCAUCCUCCCUGCGCCCGGGUUCUCUCACGGCUGCAGGGUGGAAGAACCAGAGACGCUGGUGGAGCUGCAGAGGAACGAGUGGGACCCAGUCAUAGGCUGGGCCGAGAGGAGAUACGGCGUGAAGAUCGGCUCCUCCACCAGCAUCAUGGGGCCCAGCAUCCCAGCCCGGACUCGGGAGGUGCUGGUCAGCCACCUGGCCUCUUACAAUAUGUGGGCCCUACAAGAUCCAGAAGUGGGGCAACGUCGAGUGGGCCCACGACUACGAGCUGCGGGACCUGCGGGCGCGCACGGCCGCCGGCGCCCUCUUCGUGCAACUCUGCUCCGAGAGCUCGGCCGUCAAGCACAAGCUGCUGCAGGGGUGAGGCCGGGCCCCAAGCCACGCGGCUGGUGGAGGCCAGCUCGGGCCGAGGCAGGGGGCGUGGGUACGAGUGAUUAUAUUGAACGAUUCUUUGCCUCGAAACGCGUGGCGCCUCCACUCGUUGCUCCUCCCGUGGUCCCUGAGGCCACCCUGCCCACCCACAGGGCACGUGCUGCUUCCACCGGGGAGCUCUGCAUGGCCCUUAGCCCCAAGACUUUUGCUUUCCGGUUUUUAAUCAAACAGUCUUUUAAAACUGAGUCCCUCUUGGUCCGAGCCAUCUGUUUCUGCUUGUUUGUUCCUACUGUUUUAGCAAAAAUGAUUUACUCUUAAAAAUAGAAAGUAGGGUUUCCCUGGUGGCGCAGUGGUUACGAAUCCGCCUGCCAAUGCAGGGGACAUGGGUUCGAGCCCUGGUCCAGGAAGAUCCCA